AUGAGUAAAGAAGCGCCUGUUAUAAAAAAUGUUAUCCAUGCAGGACAAAAGUAUAUUCCUAUUGCUGAUGGAAGCAAGGCAUAUUUUCAUUUUCAAACAUGGAAACUGGGAAAAGAGAGAGUGCUGAUUGAUGAUAGUAGGAAAAUUGGCAAAAAAGAGCCAAUGAUCUUAGUUAUAGGACACAAAUUUAAACUAGAGGUGUGGGAAUCUGUUGUUAAAAUGAUGGCCGUUGGUGAAGUUGCUAGUUUUCAGGUUAAGAAAGAGCUAGUAUAUAGCUACCCCUUUGUAUCAAAAACAUUACGAGAUCUGGGUCAGGAACAACACGAAGUGAAACACACUUGUACAAUGACUCUACAUACAGAAGGCAUCGGAUAUCCUGAUUUGGAUGAUUUGAUUAAUAAUCCCUGUGAUCUGGAAUUUAUUAUAGAGCUACUUAAGGUAGAAAGUUCUGAUGAGUAUGAAAAAGAGAUAUGGCAACUUAGCAUAAAAGAAAGGUUGGAAAUGAUUCCUAAAUUAAAAGAGAAAGGUAAUAAAUUGUAUGGACAAAAACAAUAUGAUAAGGCUGAGGAAGCUUAUAGUCAAGCAAUAGCAAUGUGUGAGCAGCUUAUGCUAAGGGAAAGAAAGACUGACGAAGAAUGGAUUAGCUUAAAUAAAAUUAAACUGCCAAUUCUACUAAAUUAUGCUCAGGUGAAAUUAGUCCAAGGGGAUUUCUAUGCAGUAAUUGAGCAUUGUAACACUAUUUUAGAACAUGAUAUCGAUAAUGAAAAAGCUUUAUAUAGGAGAGCCAAAGCACAUGUUGGAGCGUGGAACCCAGAUCAAGCUGAAGAGGAUUUCAAACGUUUGAAAGCUUUGAAUCCAUCCUUAGUAGCGACAGUAGAUAAAGAAUUACAAAUAAUUAAAAAGUUGUGUAAAGAUAAGGCAGAACAAGACAAAGGUGCUUUGAAAAAUUUGUUUGUAACAGAAAAUGAGGGUAAAGAUAUGUCUUGA